GCCAGCUCGCAUAUUAAGCGGUAAAAUAUGUCAACCUAAAAUUUGUUGCAUUAAUAAAAAUAUUUCUAGAAAAACUACCUGGCAUAAUGACUGCAUUGGGAGCUGCUCUUCUAUUUUUCGGCGCUAUUUUUUCGAUGGAGAAUUUACUGGUUCAUUGCAAUAGUUGGAUUGAUUUAGCAAAUACUGAAGUUUUACCAACCCAGAAACAAUGUGGCAAAGUCGGCAUAUCUAAUCGCAUUAUGGGCGGCGGCGAGACCAAUAUUGAUGAAUUUCCCUGGACCGCAUUACUGUUAUAUAAAAACAAGAGCUCCGGCGAGUUGGGUUCACUUUGCAUGGGUUCACUAAUUAACCAAUAUUACGUGAUCACCGCAGCGCAAUGCGUAAGUGAAAAUAAGAUUAAAGAUGAUAUAACUUUGGAAGGGGUACGUUUGGGCGAAUGGAACAUUGUAACGAAAAACGAUUGUGAAUAUUCGCAAAGUGGCAGAGCAUUUUGUGCGCCACCACCUGAGGAAAGAGGCAUCGUUAAUAUAAUAAUACAUCCGAAAUUCAACCCAGAGAAGAUGACUAAUGACUUAGCCUUGUUACGUAUGUCCAAAAAAGCCGAAUAUACAGAGUUCGUAAGACCCAUAUGUCUCCCAUUGCAAAAGGGUCAACAGUAUUUGGGCUAUGCGAAUACCACAGCGGAAAUCACCGGUUGGGGUGAAAAUAAAUCAGCACCGCGUAGUCGAACCAAAACAAAGGCAAGGGUAAAAAUUCAAAACCUCAUCGAUUGCGUGAAUGCUAUUAGUCGCAGUGGCGGCUAUGGUUACAUCUAUUCAUCUUUUCUGCAAACUUGUGCUAUGGGUGACGGUAAAGCGGCCUGCAAACUUGAUACCGGUGCUCCGCUUAUGAUUCAAGAUACGAAAAAUAAAAUUACCACCUAUUAUUUGAUCGGUGUAUUCUCAAGCGUGGAAGACACAUGCGAGUUAAGGAAUUCCCCAAAUAUAUAUACACGAGUUCAUCCACAAAUCGAUUGGAUUAAAAAUGUCGUUAAUUCGUAGUUUCAAUGUUAACAAAUAUAUAUAUACUUAUAUCAAUAUAGAAACUCCUG